GAAUGGAAGACUCAGCAAUAACCCGCCCGGCUUCCGGUCCGUCUAAAUUCCGCUUCCGGCUAGGCGGAUGUGUCUUUGCUGAGGGUCACAUUGAGCUGCGAGCGGCUUCAGGGGCGUCUUUAGAAAUCAGCAACAUGGCAGAAGACAUCAAGACCAAAAUCAAGAACUACAAGACUGCCCCUUUUGAUAGCCGCUUCCCCAACCAGAACCAGACCAGGAACUGCUGGCAGAACUACCUGGAUUUUCACCGCUGUGAGAAGGCAAUGACUGCGAAAGGGGGUGAUGUUUCCGUGUGCGAAUGGUACCGGCGUGUGUACAAGUCCCUUUGCCCCGUAUCCUGGGUGUCGGCCUGGGAUGACCGCCGGGCAGAAGGCACAUUUCCUGGGAAGAUCUGAAGUGGCUCCACCGCACCUGUCCUCUGUCUUCCAUCCUUUUUCCAGGGAGGUGAAGGGGGACCUGGGCACAUCCCACCCUAGGAUCCUGAAUCAUGGUUUAACUAAUAAUAAAUACUUGUUGGAAAAGUGUAA